AUGACAUGUGGUAUAGCGAGGGUUACUUGCAAUGUCGGUUACGUCGUUUGGAUACUAACUAUGUGGAGUAACAGUAAAGUCUAUAUGGCCAAGUCUAACUAUGGCUUCACUAUGUCAAUGGGUUUAUAUGGACAUUCACACUUUGUUAGUGAUAUUGUGUUGUCUUCGGAUAGCCAUUAUGCUUUAUCUGGCUUAUGGGAUAAGACAUUGCGUUUGUGGGAUUUGGCUGCCGGAAAAACUACACGUCGUUUUGAAGAUCAUACCAAGAUGGGGAAGAAUAUUUCUAUUUUAUAUAGAACUUGA